CUCGUCGCUUCGUGCGCAGCUCCAUUCAAGCAUUCAAGCCUCGCCUCAAUAGCCGAUUCGCCAGGGAACAACAAUAGGAAUCCCUCCUUUAUUCAUUGCCAUCCUUCUAUACGCAACAGCAACUCGCAAUGCGAUGCUAGUGACUGGAUCUCGACCGGCUCGCACUCCGUCUCGACAUCCAAAAUCCGAAUGCUGAGUCGGUCAAACGCGUUGCGCCAACGGCAAGUCUGAUCUGCUGCGUGCCGCGCCCUCGGCGACGGAGAAUAGAGCGACCAGAGCAACAACGCCUUCUUCUUUGCCGCAUCGCCCGUUUGCAACGGCUCAACAUCUGGACGCUUGCCCUCGCCCCCGUUCGGCCUCACGCCAGUCGCGUCAGCACCGCCCACCAUGGCUUCGGCUCUUGUGAGCAGCCAGGCCAACGGCGCCUUGGAUGGGCUCGCCGAUGGCGCUCCCAAGAGCAAGCGCUUCUCCGAUAUCCCGUCCACGAUUGAUAUUCCCAUGCAAGACGAGAUCGAGGUGGAAAUCGACCUCCAAGUGCUUCCCGACGACCCCACCGAGCUCUGCGCCGUCUUCGAGAACGAGCAUUCACCGCGGAUAUACUGGAUGACGGUCGCCCUGGCCUACGCGAAGCAAAACAAAGUCGACUUUGCCAUCGAGAUGCUCACCCGCGGCGCUAAUGUCCUCCAGGCCAACCAGCGCGAGAAGCUCAGCAUCAUCACCUGCCUCUGCUGGCUAUACCUGUGGAAGAGCAGGGAGGCGCCCCGGGUGGCCCCCGAGGGCUCGCUGGCCUCAGAGGCCAAAACAAAAGAGUACUACCUGCAGCUGGCGACCCAGAGUCUGAACGACGCGUCGCGGAUCAACCCGGCCUUUCCCCCGCUCUUUUUGGCGCGUGGUGUCCUGAUCCUCCUGAGAGCCUCUCUCCAGCCGCCUUCCAAGGCGCCGGGAGCCGUCGACUCGCACAAGGCAGAACAGCUGCGCAACGCUCUGAAGUCGUUUGAGGAAGCGAUCCGUGUCUCUCAGGGGAGGAACAUGCUGGCCGUCAUGGGCAAGGCGCGGGUGCUCUCCUCGCUCGGCAGGUAUCCUGAGGCGCUGGCUGCCUACCAAGACGUGCUAGCCAAGAUGCCCGACAUGGUUGACCCAGACCCGCGCAUCGGCAUCGGCUGCUGCUUCUGGCAGCUGGGCUUCAAGGACGAUGCCAAGGCCGCCUGGGAGCGCUGUCUCGAGAUCAACCCCGAGUCCAAGUACGCAAACAUCCUGCUCGGCCUCUACUACCUCGACGCCAGUGGCCACGUGCCAACCCACAGCCCCGAGUUCAUCCGGCUGUACAAAAAGGCCAUGACCGAGUACACUCAGAAGUCCUUCAAGCUCGACAAGAACCUCCCGCUCACCUGUGCCACCUUCGCAGGCUACUUCCUUUCCCGGAAGCAGUUUCCAAACGUCGAGGCGCUUGCCCACAAGGCCAUCCAAAACACCGAUGUCAACGCUAUUGCCAGCGACGGCUGGUACCUGCUUGCCCGCAAGGAGCACUACGACGGCAACCUGGAGCGUGCGAGCGACUACUACCGUCGCGCCGAUGACGCCAGGGGUGGUACUGAGCGGGGCUUCUUACCGGCGAAGUUUGGCAUGGCGCAGCUCUCGGUGCUCAAGAACGAUCUCGGCGAGGCGAAGCUCCGUCUGGAGAAGAUGAUCCAGCAAUCCAAGAACUACGAGGCCAUGGUCUUGCUCGGCACGCUGUAUGCCGAGGAGGUGUUCGCUAACCAGUCCGCAGCGGUCAAGGAGGACAAGUCUGCAGAGGCAAAGAAGGCUAUUGGCCUCUUGGAGGGCGCGCGUUCCGCAUGGAAAGACCCCAAGAAGAACCUUGCGCCGGACACGGCCGUGCUGCUCAAUCUCGCACGUCUCUACGAGCAAGACAGCCCCGAUAAGGCGCUGCAGUGUCUCCAGCAGGUCGAGCAGCUGGAGAUCGAACAGAUUCCCCAAUCAGAGUACCCUGCGGACCGCGAGGACGAGGCGGCCACCCGCGCUGCCAUCCGCAAGCUGUUGCCACCCCAACUCCUCAACAACAUCGGCUGCUUCUACUCUCAAGAUGGGAAGCACCAACUUGCUACAGAAUUCUUCCAGGCUGCCCUUGAUUCUUGCGCUCGCAUUAGUCAGACUGAAAGCGAGCUGGACACCGAUGCGCUUCUGACGACCAUCUCAUUCAACCUCGGCCGCAGCUACGAGUCCGAGGGCGAGGUCGACAAGGCGGUCGAGACGUACGAGCGCCUGCUGAGCCGCCACAGCGACUACACGGACGCGCGGACGAGGCUUGCCUACAUCAAUCUGAGGAGGAAUCCGAACAAGGAGGGCCCGGACGGGGUAGCCAAGCUCUACCAGGAGAAUUCGGCCGACCUGGAGGUCCGCGCCCUGUACGGCUGGUUCCUGGGCAAGGUCAACUCCAAGAAGCGGCCGGCAAAUCUCGCCGAGGACCCUGAGCAGCGGCACUACAAGCACACUCUGCAAAACUACGACAAGCACGACCGCUAUGCGCUUGUGGGGAUGGGCAACCUGCACCUGAUGUCGGCGCGCGAAAUGCGCCGCGAGACGGAGCAGGACAAGCAAAAGCGGAGUGCUGCGUACAACCGAGCUGUCGAGUUCUUCGACAAGGCGCUGCAGCUCGACCCGAAGAACGCGUACGCUGCGCAGGGAAUCGCCAUCGCGCUCGUGGAGGACAAGAAGGACUACAAGAGCGCCCUGCAGAUUUUCCUCAAGGUGCGCGAGACCAUCCAGGACGCGCACGUCUACGUCAACAUGGGCCACAUCUACGCGGAGCUGGGUCAGUUCACCAAGGCGAUCGAGAGCUACGAGAUUGCGCUCUCCAAGGAGGGCAAGGCCAACGACCCGGGCAUCCUGUCGUGCCUCGGCCGGACCUGGCUCAACAAGGGCCGGACGGAGCGCAACCUGGACGCCUACAAGAUGGCGUUGGAAUAUGCCAAGAAGGCUCUCUCCGUCGCGCCGGAGCAGCUCCACCUCAAGUUCAACGUCGCCUUUGUCCAGAUCCAGCUCGCUCUCACCCUGCACUCGAUGCGCGACAGCGAGCGCACAUCGUUCCAGCUCGAGGAGGCCGCCGAAGGUCUCGAAUCCGCCAUCAAAGCGCUCGACGAAAUUGCCGCCUCCCCGUCGCCGCCCUACCCGAAACACGACAUCGAGCAGCGCGCCAACAUGGCGCGCAACACGCAGCGCAAGCAGCUGGAGCGCGCGCUGGCGAGCCAGCGGGAGUACGAGGCCAAGAACAAGGAGAAGCUCGCGGCGGCGCUCGAGCAGCGGCAGGCGGAGCUGCGGCGGCGCGAGGAGGAGCGGCGCAAGGCCGAGGAGGCGGAGCGCGAGCGCCAGGCCAAGAUACGCCGCGAGCGCGAGGAGAUCGCCGCGCGCGACCGCGCCCUGGCCGAGCAGCGCGCCGAGGAGGAGCGCGCCCGCCUCGCCGCCGAGAUGACCACCGACAGCGAGACGGGCGAGAAGGUCAAGCGCAAGAAGAAGGCCGCGCGCGCCAGGGAGCGCGACUCGCGCUCGGGCGAGCCGUCGGCGGGGCGCGGCGCCAGGGGCGGCCGCCGCAGGAAGAAGGCGGGCGCCGCGGCGGACACGGACGGCGAGGACUCGGCCGCCGGAGGCGGCGGCGAGAAGCGCCGGCCGCGGAAGAGGCAGCGCCUGGCGAGCAGGAAGGAGUCGGCCAAGUACAAGUCGGCCGAGAUCGUCGUGGACAGUGACGAGGAGGACGACGACGCCGAGGCCCGCGGCGAGGAGGAUCCGCUCGAGAAGGCCGAGCGCGCGCUGGAGCGGUCGCGGCGGGAGUCGGGGACUCGCAGCCUCAGCCGCACACCGGCGUCGGCGUCGGAGGGAGAAGGGGAGGACGAAGGCGAGGGGAAGCGAAGACGGCGCCGUCUGCGGCGCAGGAGAGGGUCCUCUGGUUCUGGCGAGGCGGAGGCUGAACAGAUGGAUGUCGAUGAAGAUGGAGGCAGUCGCGAUCGCGGCGGUCAGGAUGAGCCGGAUGACGAGGAAGAUGAAGAGGAGACGGUCGCGCGGCGGUCGCAGGUCAAGAGGUCGCGUCGCGGGCGGGUCCUUGAUGACAGUGAUGAGGAGGAGGAGCAGGAGGAGGAGGGUGCGGCGGCCCAUGCGGAUGCGCCGACUCCUGGCGCGGCGAGCGGUGGCGAGGAGGCUGAGCGGGCUGAUACCAGCAUGGCUGAUGCUGACGAUGAGUGAGGGGCGGCGGUGGGAAUUGCAGGAUGCGAAUGGGGAGGGGUUGGCGAGAUUGAAACCAUGUAUUACGGAUCUGGGAAUUGGUGUCU